AUGACGGGCGGACGGUUUGAUUUCGACGAUGGCGGCACAUAUUGCGGUGGCUGGGAGGAUGGAAAAGCCCACGGACACGGCAUCUGCACCGGACCCAAGGGCCAGGGCGAAUACUCCGGGUCCUGGUCCAACGGUUUUGAGGUAGUCGGGGUUUACACCUGGCCCAGUGGAAAUACGUAUCAGGGCUACUGGGCUCAAGGGAAACGGCACGGGCUCGGCGUUGAAUCGAAAGGGAGAUGGCUGUAUCGUGGAGAAUGGAGCCAUGGAUUUAAGGGUAGAUAUGGGGUUCGCCAGAGCCUUAACACACCUGCUAGAUACGAAGGCACAUGGAGUAAUGGUCUGCAAGAUGGAUAUGGGGUCGAGACUUACGGUGAUGGGGGUACUUACCAGGGUCAGUGGAUGGGAGGGAUGCGGCAUGGAUAUGGCGUCCGACAGAGCGUGCCUUACGGAAUGGCCACGGUCAUCCGCUCGCCCCUUCGCACUUCGCUGGCGUCCCUCCGCAGCGAGCAGAGCAACGGCUCCGUCCUUCACGACCACAUGUCGGACAGCCCGGCGGGGACGCGGGGAGGUUUCGUCCUCAACUUCCACAGCGACAGCGAGCUGGGCUCUGGGAAGAAGAAGGGCCUUUUCAGGAGGGGCUCUCUGUUCGGAAGCCUCAAGCAACUCAGGAAGUCCGACUCCCGUUCGUCGAUAUCAAGCAAACGUAGCUCGGCGCGUAGCGAUGCCACAAUGAGCCGGAUCAGCUCCAGCGAUGCCAACUCCACCAUUAGCUUUGGUGAUGGCGAGGUGCCCGAUGACUACAUGCCAGCCGAAGAUAACGUGGAUGCCACUACGACCGAGUCCUACAUGGGCGAAUGGAAGAAUGACAAGCGAAAUGGCUUUGGCGUCAGCGAGCGAUCCAACGGUAUGAAGUACGAAGGGGAGUGGACAAACAACAAACGCCAUGGUUAUGGAUGCACCAUGUUUCCUGAUGGUACAAAAGAAGAAGGAAAGUAUAAAAAUAAUGUUUUGGUGCGUGGCAUCAAGAAACAGCUCAUUCCCCUCAAAAACACCAAGACGAAGCAGAAGGUGGAUCGUGCCGUGGAGGGAGCCAUCCGUGCUGCUGCCAUAGCCAGAACGAAAGUAGAGAUAGCCACGUCUAGAACCGCACACGCCAGGGCCAAAGCAGAGGCUGCUGACCAGUCGGCCCAGUCAGCCAUCCAGGACUCUGACACCGCCCGGGCUGUGGCCAGAGAACUGUCCCCCAACUUCCAUCAACCAGGUCCUGAUUAUAUCAAGCAGAGGUUUUCCAGUGAGCCUGUUGAGAUUAAAGAAGUCCCUGAAGAAAAGAAGGAGAACUCACCCACAGGAAGUCCCCACUUUUACCGCAAAGGCACUACCCCCACCCAGUCCCCCUCUCAAAGCCCGGGACCCACACCUCCGCCUUCUCCACCUCUCAGCAAGAAGAAGUCCUUCUUCAGCAGAAGUGGUCCCAAACCUGGCAAGACACCCACUGCUGAAAACCUGGCAGAAGGUAUUACCAAAGCUGCCUCUGCGAUCCAUGAAGUGAAGGAAGAAGAGCCCCCUCCCAAACCCACCAAGACCAGUCACCAGGCGCCAGUCGCCAAUGCCUCAAGCCCCGGCAACGGCGAGCUCCAUUCUCAGUACCAUGGAUACUACGUGAAGGCAGAGGUGAGGCUUCCAGAUGAACCGGAAGAUGAGGAGUCCCACGUGACCCACACCGCCCUUGCCAGGAUGCCCCCACCAGUCAAACAGUAUCGGGCACCCACCCCGAAACCAGCAGCGGCCAAAGAGCCGAGCAAGCCAGAGCCGAGACUAAAGAAACAGGAGUCUUUGAAGCCAAAGAGCCUAGCGGAAACUAAGAAAGCCAGCAUGGAAAUUACUACCGAUGUCCUAGAGGAAGAAUCAGGUCCUAAUUCAAUUCUGGUCGCCCUGGUUAUGCUGCUAAAUAUUGGACUAGCAAUUAUUUUUGUCCAUUUCCUUACUUGA